AUGACUACUAUGCAGUCUUUCGGAAGCAGGCGCCGGAGCGCCAGCGUCGGGGAACCGCGGGAUUGUGAAGGCGUUCCGUCCAGUUGGACUGAGUCUCGUCUGUGGUCGGACGAUGAACUGGAGGCACAUUCGCAGGGCGCCGAAGAUGGCUCCGAUGUUUCAGACACGGCAGAAACGUCAAGUUUCGUCGCCAAAGAUGGCGCUGACUGGGGGGCUUGGAGGGGCUUAUCUCUCUCUGCCUUAUUCAAGAAAGGACGGAGGAAAUGCCAUGCUCGGGGGAGGAAGAGACGGGGAUCAGGGGGAAGAAGCCGGAGAGAAAAUUUGUUGAAGUCUUUCGAAACAGAAAAGUUGAUGGCGCUCCCUCUCCCGAGUCGCGGCGCCUCCCUGCCGGCUGUAUGUACAGCUCCCACGCCUGCAGCGGGACCUCCCUCAAAAGCUUGUGGUGGCGGAGAGAUCGUGCCGUCAGGGAAAGUGACCGAAGACAGGCUUCAGCGCUUCCUCCCGUUUGCUCCUCAGCACAUUCAUCUCUUCCUUGUGUCCUACUUCUGCUACGCAAUCUUGUAUUCCACCCGGAAGCCCUUCUCUGUAGUGAAGGAGGACGUCCAUCGACAGUUGGGCUUGUCCACUUACUCCCUGGGGUGUGUCGACACUUCCUUUCUUGCGAUGUACGCGAUAGGACAGUUCAUUCUUCCUCCAGCUCUCGCCAACGUCCGCCUCUCCAUCGGCCUGGGCGCGUGUUAUCUGGCUUCUGCGUUUACCACGCUGGCGUUUGGGCUGUCUUCCUCCCCUGCUUUUCUCGUCUUGUGGUGGGGUCUCAAUGGCAUCGCGCAUGCAGCUGUUUUUCCGCUGCUUGUCAAAGUUUUGACCGAGCGUCUCUCGAAGGCAGAACGCGGCAGGGCUAUGGGCCUCUGGACCACCAGCCAGCAAACAGGAGCGAUUGCGUCGACGGCGUUUGCGGCCUUCGUGGCGUCCCGGAUGGGCUGGCGCGCGGUCUUUCUGCUCUCGGCUCUCAUUUGCGGGUUGGCGACGCUUCUUCUCUUCUUCUGCAUGCCUUCGUCCUCUGCUUCUCCCCCGCGGAUCGCCCCGGGCGAGCCAUUUGCUUCGCAGGCGAGCCGCGAAGCGCACUCGCGCCUUUCGUCGCAGCGGCGCAAACAGGGCUUUUCUCUGCUGAGCACGCAGGGAUCCGAGGAGCGCGAACGCGUAGACACUGAGCCCGACGAAGAAGCCGCGAGGAGCGACUUCCGCAGGGCUAGCGACGACACAGGGACGCUGUCUACACGGGACGAGAGACAGCGAAGUCAAGUCGGUGGAGCCUCGGAGCCUUGGAGGCAGGGCGCGCGUGGAGGCUCGCGUGCCUCGCACGCGCAGCAGAAGCGAAGGGGACUCGAUGGCGAGCCGGCCUCGCUGCCUUCUCCCUCGCGUCCUCAGGGCCCUGCGAGCAGUGAAACGACGGGCGUCUUUGAUCACUCGGCGCCUCCGUCGUCUCUCGCGUUCGUUUCCGCCUCAUAUCCGUCGGCAGCCUACCCCUCUGCUUCUUCCUGCCCGUCGCCUGCGUGCUCAUUGAGCGGCGGCGCGCGCACCCAGAAAGGUGCAUCGCCCUCUUCCCCCGACCGGCGCCUCGCCUCGCUCGCGGCGUCCCCCGGUCCGUGUCUCUCAGAGGAAGAGGGGGGAGACCGCGGCCGCUCGCCGCCUCACGACUUGUUCCGCCAGAGCGGCGGCACAGGCGACAGCGACGCGCGCGCCGUUUGUGAGGCCGAGGCGGCGCCGAAGGAGGCGGCGGGGAGGCUGCGGCGUGAGGGCCUCGCGCCGCGGCAACGCCUCGAGAGCUUCGACGAGCUGCCCACGCAGAGCUCUGACAGUCCGUUUCCCGACAGCCUGUCGCCGGCGUCGCCGGGCGCGUCUACGCCGUCGCCUUUCUCGGGGCUGGAGCUGGCCAUGUCUGCGCCGCACAUCCGCGGCACGAAGAAGGCGCCGCGGGCGCGGGAGGCGCGGGAGGCCCAGGAGGGUUGGGGCGACGAACCGAGCUGUGGGCCGUUGUGCGACAGCGCGGAGGAGCGCGAAGCCGAGAUACGAGGACGCGACGCUUCGCGGGAGGCGUCGCAGCACCGGUCGGCGGCGCUUGCGUCGGCGGCGUCGCGGGAGCCGCGCUCCCGAGGACGUUCCACGUCGCCAUCAAAGGAGAAGUCUCUCCAUGCGGCGCCGCUGCCGCACCGGACGCUCGCGGGUGCUGCGGCGGAGCCCGCCCCCCGCGCGGCGAUGUCUUUCUUCUCCAUCGUGUGGAACGUGCCGUUCGUCCUCUGCUGCAGCUGCGCGUACUUCAUCAUCAAACUCAUCCGCUACUCGCUCCUCUUCUGGCUACCCUUCUUCCUCGCCAAAGAAGCGCGGAUGAAAGCCGCAGCCGCUGGAUACGCGAGCAUGAUCUUCGACAUCGGCGGCAUUGGGGGCGCCGUCGCGGGUGGCUUCCUCGCCGAUCGCGUGAUGAAAGGGCGGCGCUUGACGUGCGCAACCGCCAUGUCGCUGUUGACCGGUUUUUCGCUUCUGCUGCUGGCGUUCGCCUGCCAGCAGCAGCAGACGCUUCUGCACCAGCUCGAGGAGGAGACCUUGCUUCAGGUUCGCGAGUUCCAGCACCUACAGGAGACGCAGCGCGCAGCCCUUGCGCGCUUCCAAGAUCUGCAGAAGAAGAGUCGCCUGCAGCUGCCUUUGCGGCUGCAGCAGUCGCUGGAGCAGGAAGAAAGCAAGAAGCAGGCGCGCGAAGAGGAGACGCGCGCGAGGCAGCGCGCCGCAGAGAAGAAGGAAAGCGAGGCCCCCGUCGAGGCGGAGAGCGGCACCGCGGAAAAGAAAGGUGAAGCGGCCGCAGCCGCGGCCGCGGAGGGAGGAGGGGAGGGAGGCGAGAGGGGCGCCGGAGACCUCCUCAAGCUGCCGCGCGCGGAUCAGGACGCCACCCGGCGGAGCGACGCGGGCGCGGUGAGAGGAGACGAGGGCAAAGAGAAGAAAGAGGAAGAAAGAGUGAAAAACCUUUCAGAAAUCUGGGUCAAGCAGAGAGUUGACACGUCGCUCGCUGACCUCGAGCCGCCCGGUGCAGCGAGCAGUCCGGAGGCGGCGCCCGCGCCUGAUAUGCCUCCUGCCCCGCAGACGCAAGCGCGUGAAGCCCCUCCCAGCCCAGCAGCUCCGCCGCCUGCGCCUCUGCCUCCAGGGGCCGCGGCCUUCGAGGCAUUUCCUCCCCCGCCGGCCUAUCCUGUGCCCUCUGUGUUGCUGCCUUCGCCGUCGUCUCCGCCUCUCGCUGCCUCGCAGCUGCAUCCGGCGCUGCCGCCGGUCGCGCCUCUUGCGCCUGAAGCACUCGCAUCGGCCUCUCACCCUGCUUCCUCUCCUGCUUCCUCUGUGCCUGGAGUGCUGUAUGCUCCACAGGCGGGAGCGGAGACGCUGCAGGCGCUGCCGCCGAGCUACAUCCAGUCUCCUCAGGAGCAGCUGCCGCCGCCUACGGCUGUGGCGGCGCCUCUGCAGUACGCUGCGCCUUCUCUCGCGCUGUCUGCGUCUGCACUUCCUGCGCCGGCUGGUAUCCCACCGUCGCCUUUCCUUCUUUCGCCUCCUCUCUCUGCGCCUGCAGUUGUGUCUUCUCUUUCUUCUCCCCCUCUUCCCUCUCCAUCUGUUCCUUCUGUUUCUCUUCCCUCUCCUUCUCUUCUGGCUCCUCUUUCUGCACCUUCUUCUCUUUCGCCGCCUCCUCCCUCUGUUCAGUACGUCUCGCAGCAGGCGCCUGCGCCCGGCGCAGCUGCGCAGCUCGGCUCGCCGGCUGCGCCCGAGGCCUCUCCUGCGUUCGGCGCGUCUGCAGUGCCCUACGCCCAGCCGGCGGCGGCGGACACUGGCGGGCCUCCUCCCGCGCCUUCUUUGGGGGCGCCUGCGAUCGCUGCGCCGGCUGCGGUGUCGUAUGUGCCUCCGCAGGCAGAAGAAGGCGCGUCACCGCUGGCUCCGCCGGCCUUCCUGCCGCCGCUGGACGCGCAGACGGGGGGCCUAGAGCGCGGCAGCGUGCCUCCUGCCGUGUCGCCGUCGCAGGCUUCUGGGACGCUGAGCUACGCGCUGCCUCCUGCUGCACCGCCCGCACCGCCUGCGCUGCCGGCGCAUGCCACCCUCGGCGGCGCGGCUCCUGUGGGGCGGCCUGCCCUUCCGCCCCCCGUCGCGCCCGACGCGCUGCAGUCAGCUCUCACGGGAACGGCGCAGACAAGCGAAAGGCUGGCGCGUACGUUCUCUGCGCAAGCGCCUCCGCCGUCGCUGCCUCCGCCGUCGCUGUCUCCGCCGUCGCUGCCUCCGCCGUCGCUGUCUCCGCCGUCGCUGUCUCCAGCGGGCGCCGCGCCUGUCCCAGCGGCUGCUCAGCCGCCCCUCGUGCCGGCCUCUUUCGCUGCGUCCUCGUUGCCUGCGAACGCGGGCUUUCCGCCGCUUGUGCCAGCGCCUCGCCCGGGCGCGGAGUCUGCGGCGCCCUCCCCGGCCCCUGAAACUCCUGCGCCGUCGCCGUCGUCUCUCGCGAAGAAGGACGCUGUGCCGGCGUCUCCCGGUCUGCCCGCGUGGGCGGGGCGUCCGCUCGCGGCGCAGCAGGAGCUGCAGAAGGCGGACGCAGAGACGCAGCUCGAGGCGCAGCUCCUCCUCCGCCCCUCCCUGCAGGGUCCGCGACCUCUGGAGACUCCGCCGCCGUCGGCGCCUGUGCUCCCCGCUGCGCAAACGCUCGCGCAGCAGACCGCAGCCGGGUCAGCCCUCGCGGGCGCGACUGAGGCCGCCCUUGUCGCGCCUCCUCCACAGGUCGGGGGGGAGCCUCCCCUGCCCUCCGCGCGCGCCGCUGCUGCGCCUGACGCCGCCUUCCGCGGAGGCGACGCGCGCGGGCGACUGAGCGUGGCGGGGUCCGCCUUCCGCCGCCUCAGUGCCGCAGAGGCUUCUUGGGCGCCUCUAGCCGCGCGCAAAGGGUUCGAAGGCGUGGAACGGCGCGAUGGAGGCGCGCCGGAGGGCGGCCGCCAGGCGUUCUCGGGGAUGUGGCUACCGGACGGCGCACAGGUGCCGCCGCGACCCGCUGUCCCCUCGCCCGCCUCCUCCUCCGCGGUCUACGGCGUCGCGUCCGCCGAGCCCGCCAAGGCCGCCGACGCUCAGGGCGCAGGACGCGCGGCGGCGAGCCGUGCGCCCGACAGCGGCGCCGCCGCCGUCGCGGGGCAGACUGGCCUCGGCGGCGCGCGACUGGAGGCGCGAGCCGACGCCGCGGCAAGCGCCGGAAGCCGCGCCGCAGUUUGGGGCGCUCCCGCGCAGGAGGGCGCGGCGCCCGGGCCCCCUUCGCAGGGAGGAGGCGAGGCCGCGGGGGCCGUUGAAGAGGCGAAGAUGGAGGAGGAGCGGCGCCGCCGCGAGAAGAAGGAGGAGCUCUUUCUGGAGAGCGCCAAAGAGAAGAUCCAGCGGACGCAGGAAGAAGAAGAGGCGAGCUUUCUGGCGCAGCAGGAGCAGGAGAGACUCGUGCUGCAGGAGGCGCAGCGCCAGCGAAGAGAAAAGAAGGAAGAAGAAAGGUGGAACGAACUCUUCCGCCUCCUCCUCUUCAUGUUCGCCGUCGGGUUCUGUAUUGCCUCUCCCGACUCCAUUCUCGGCGCGACCGCCGCUCAGGAUCUCGUCGAGAGGAGCGGCACGACGCCGGGCCCGAACCGCGAAAAAGCGCUGGCAGUCGUCGCUGCUUUCAUCAACGGCAUGGGCGCCGUCGGGGCGCUUCUGCAGGGAGUCUGCACAGCGAGUGUCGCAGAGCAGUUCGGUUGGGACGCACUCUUCGGUCUGCUGUGCGUGCUGAGUAUGACCUCGGCGCUCCUGCUGCUGCCCGCGUGCCUGGAGGAGUCUCGCGCGGGCGCCCCGCUCGCCGCUUCGUGCGCAUCUUCGCGGUUUCUGGACUGUCAGGGGGCGGGCGCGUGCGGCUUCCCUCGAGGCGGCGGGCGCGCGCCGUCGCCUGAGAGCAAGCCCCUGUGGAGCGCUUCCAAGCCUGCACGUCUUUACGCCCAGGCGAUCUCCUCAGCCUUCGCGGACGACUUGACUUGCGCAGAGGCGCGCGGCUGCCGACCCGAGCAAGGCGAGCGCCGAAGGAAAAAAGACGAAGAGAAGAAUUUCGAGGCCUGA